AUGGCCUCCGACCCCGCCACCGAUCCGAAAGGACCUCUCAAAUCUGCUCCCGGAGCUGAAAAAGUCAAAAUUGAAACGGUCAAAGCUGAGACAGCAAGUGCAGAUGUUGUGACCAAGGUUGAAACGGUCAAAGCUGAGAUAGCAGAUGCAGAUGUUGUGACCAAGGUAGAAACAAUGACGUUAGAAGCGGGUAAGAGUGAUUUGGUCGACACAACAAAAAAGGCCGAAACCAAUAAUAGUAAGGGCGCCACCGUCGAAUCAGAAGAGGAAUCGGACGAUGAGGAAAUGCCCGCUUUGGAAGAGGAAGGUAUAUUAUCCCCUGAUCAGGUUGAGGCUUCUAAGGGUCCAAGUCGUAACGAGAAAAAGGCUAGGAAGGCUAUAACAAAGCUGGGCGUAAAAUCUGUGCCGGGUAUCGCCCGAGUCACCAUUCGUAGGCCAAAUGGUAUGCUCUUUGUUGUGCAAAACCCUGGUGUAUACAAGUCAGCGACAUCAGAUUGCUACAUCGUCUUUGGUGAGGCCAAGGUAGAAGAUCUUACUAGUCGGACCCCUGCCGCCGAGCAAUUCCGUGCUCCCGAGGCAUCGGCUACAGUUCAAGAAACGCCCAAGGUUGAAAAAUGUUCUCGUAAGAAAGCUAUCAGAGCUCUUCGUAAGAAUAAUUCUGACGUUGUACAGGCCGUUAUGGCAUUGACUGUAUAA